AUGAAUCCAACCCCAUCCUCAUCAUCGAUGACACCUCACAAUAUUCAUCAUACAGCCAAUAACAGUGGUGGUGGAAGUAGUAGCACACCAAUAACAUCAAUUGGUGGAGGAGGUAAUAAUAAUGGUGUUUUUCCAUUUCUGAUGAGUAGUAAUUCAAAUUCAAGUUACAGCAACAGCAAUACGAAUAAUAAUUGUACAAAGAAUGGCCAACAACAACAGGGAGUAGUGGUGACGAAUAGUGGACAAUUUCACUCCCUAUCCAGUAUUAAUUCAAUUCAUUUGACUCAAAAUCUUCCUCAACAAACACCUCUUUCUCCCCGAAUAACAAAUAAUAGUAAUCAUCGCGAACAAUUGCAAUUAACAGCUGCUCUUCAUACCAGUACAGUAUUUUCACCAUCAAGUGUUACCGAGAAGACUCAUGAUGGUGACAAUUCUUCGAUAUUUAAUGGAUCUGCCUCGAGCACAGUUCUCUCAAAAUCAGCAUUCAACACUGUUGUCAAUAAGGUAAAAAAUCAUUUCAUGAGUUUUACCUUAUUCAUGCAAGAUAAUGAAAAGAAACAGAGCAAAAUGGAUAGAAUUAUGAUGUUUGGAAUGUAUAUGUAUAUGAUAUGGGUAGGAAUAUGGAUUUCAACAUUGAGUCCUUAUGAUUAUCAUUAUGGAGAGUGGGGAUCAUGGUUCUUUGCAGUUGUGUUAUGUGGUUGUUUUCCUGUCGUGUCCAAUGAGUUUUGCCAUGUCCACCUUUAUAGAUUGCAAGUGGAUCAAUAUGGAAGGGUUUUCUCAAACCUCCUCUACACGAAUGAUUCUGAAUAG